AUGAUGGUGCCCAUCCACGACGGCGAGGACAAAAAGGGCACACGGAGCGAAACUCUCCUACACACAUACCUCAAUGUACUCUGCGCAGACGAUCUCUGUACAGAACCUGCUGGCGCUGAUCAGCUGAUGAAUAGUCGGGCCGCUCCCGACAUCGAGCAGGCGACUUCCCGGUUUCAGACGACCUACACAACAUUGAGAAGGUCCAGCUGUCUCACCAUGGAUGCCGUAACCUUUGUCGUCCUAGUCCUGCUGACUGGACCAGCCGUUCAGUCCGCAGACGUACCGUGCAGGACGUUCGAAGAAAUCUACCCCACCGGGAAGGAGCUGUGCGAGAAGAUGUGGGACGACGCCUUCGUGUACGAGACGAACCUCAGCGUGGCCUUCACCAUGUGGUUCUUUGAAGCCGAGAAUCCAAAUAACAAAGUGGCUGAGAGACUCGGAUGGUCCUCACCGGUUGAUGACUGUCAUUUAGAGUACUUUCAUAAGGAAGCUCCAGGACCAGAACCAGACAACUUCACGGAGUGCCAUCCUUGGAAGGACUACUCCUGCUGUCACCAGGACACGGUGUCCUCCGUACAGAAGAUCAAGGAAGCGUACGGCAAGGAAUGGCACUGGGACCGGUGCGGUCCCCUCAGUUCUGCCUGUGAGCGCUUCUUCGUGCAGGAGGCCUGCCUGUACGAAUGUGAACCGAACGCAGGUUUUUACCGGAAAUUCCCGGACCACGUCUACAACGACUCGGAUCCGAACCACAACAAGUGGCAGAUGGAGGGAAUGCCCAUCCGCGCUGACUACUGUGACGCCUGGUUCAGAGCGUGUCGGUACGACCGCUUCUGUGCAGCGGACAGUGGGAGCUAUAGUUCAUGUGCCAGGGAGUACGCCAAAGUUGAUAACACAGGGGAUAACGGGGGAAACGCUGGGCUUAUUGCAGGGGUAGUCGUGGCUUGUGUGAUUGUGGCAGUGCUGAUUGGUACUCUUGGUUAUUUCAUUUUCCGAGAGAGAAAGGGCCAACCUGUGUUCAACAAACUGGAGGCCGAAUAAUAAAAAUGUUCCGUAACGUCGAAAGUAUCACGUUCCAUGAGCAUAUGUACGUACAUACAUCAGUUUUACUCAAGUAAACUAUAAGUGCAGGAUACUAGCAGUAUAAAUGAAAUGAAAUAAGAAUAUUGUAAAAGGUAAACUGGGAUGUUCUGUAUACCAAAAGUUACAUGACAAAACGAUUGAUUGAAUCGUUGUUACCCGCGGUCAUAACAACCAGAAGAUACAGUGUUGAACAGAAGCGGGGAAAUUUGGGCACUUUUUUUGGUGACCCUCUCAAGUAAGUAGGCCUCGUGCUUGUUCUAUGAGUUCAUAAUGAUAAUGAAUUUGACACCAUUGGAAAGAAAAUCACACAAGCUUUCUAUUGAUAUAUAAUACACAGAAAUAUGAUCAACCGAAGUUGAUAUUCCAAACUUUUUGUGCCGAGUUUUUAUAGGUGCAGGAUACUGGCAGUACGUAGGCAGUAUUAAGGAAACACAAUUCACAGAGAAAUUGCCAUUUUGGCUUCGUUCAUUUUGUCAUCUAAAAUAAUAACAACAUAAGAUGCUAUAUAUGCGUUGCUAUUUUUCUAAACUUAAUUAGUUUUGGGUAAGGUUCCAAAUGGCUACAGACCCAUGUAUGAUGCACAGCAUAGUCCUAUUCUCUUCAUCCACCAAGUUACACGUAUUUUGAUAAACUGUGUAAUUUCAACUUUUACUUGACAGUUAAUAUACAUGUGGUAAUUUGAAUUGAAUACAAUAUCUUCAUUGAAAAACGUUAUGUCCAGUGCUGAAAAGCAAAGCUUACCUGAUCUAAAGCUUAUGAGUUUUAAGUAUGCACUAAUUGUCAUUUUAGAAAGCUUACCUGGACAACAUGGCUGAAUUGUAUGAAUGAUAAUUUGUAAAUUACCUACGUGAUCUACAGUUAGUUGUAAGUAUGUUAUAUCAUCUAUAAAAAGCUUGCAAUUCAAGUUUUAAAAAAUACGUUCAUGUUGAAAAUGGGCAGAUCACAAAUAUUAAAACAAGAGUGGAUCUCCAUUUUAUCGCAACCACCAGUCAUUAGAUUACUCCAUAUUGUCCACUUUUCAAAAGGCUUCCACUUGAUUACUUUUGACUUCACUUCAGCUAAGGCUAAUUUUGUUUACAGUCUGCUUUUUUUUAACAAACAGAUCUGGAUAUUCUAGAAGUGUGCCUGUUACUCUCGACUUGACCUAUGAGCUAUGACCUAUGACAAAUGCUUUAAAAGUGUGUAAGAUUAAAUGGUUUCUAUGUUAUACAG